UAGCAACCCUUCACUUCAUUAUUUGAACCCAUUCCCUUUGUGAAGGACAAUCAAGGGCCAGCCAGCGUAGCCAUCACCAGUAGUAAAAUCAAAGCUGUCACCGACUCGCCCAGUCACCGCCCAGCCAUAUAAAACGGACUAUUCCACUACUACCUACUACUUUAUUAACUUAGCGGGCGUUUUCUUAACCAGAAAAACGAGGCGGUUUCCCAAGGCCCCGCAGUUCCGACCUUUUGGUCCACACUUAGAAACCGGCUUACGAUAUUUGGAGGCGCUAGCCCAUACGCACAAAAUGGCGGUAGCCGGGAGGCAACGGGUACGGUUGUCGGCAAGAAAAGCGCAGCACAACUUGGCGCGAACCGUCAGGUCCUCUUACGACUGGGGCAGCGGAGAGCCUCAACCAUGGUAUGCUUUGUGCUUUUUGACGGCCGGUUUUCUAUGGGUCCAGGUUGUUUUCUGUCAGUUUCUGCCUGUCCUGCCUGGUAAGUAG